AUGCAGAAGACCAGCAGUAUCGAAAUUAAGGCCACACCAAGUCCAGUGAUCAGUAAUGACGCAAGAAGGAGUUUCUUGCUUCUUCUGCGCCGCUGCCUCGGAAGAUGUUCUGCUCCAGAUGUCGUGGAGCAGGGACGCAGAAGAACUGGUCCACAGAGGUCGUCGUUCCCUGCGAAGCUGGAGUUGGGAAAGUUGGCAAACUGCCUUUCGGAGGGAACAGGGCCACUUAAGUUAUUGUUCGCAACGCUGAAGACGGACAAGAAGUUUAGGCGGAUCAGCGCCCGCGGAAUGGGGCCCGACAGACGGUUACCUGAGAGGUUCAGUGUUUCCAAGUCUGAGAGGUCGGAGAGCUUCUCCGGGAUCUCGCCGGAGAAGUUGUUCACACUGAGGUCCAGUAUGACAAGUCUCUUGAGUUGGCCAAUUUCCGGUGGAAUCGUUCCACUCAGACUAUUAUUUCCUAGAUUUAAUGAUGGUGGAAGAUUGGAAACCUGGUUAUAUUGCAACCUGGAUGUGUUGUCCCCGCGGUGCCUGAAAAGGGGCAGCUCAAGGUAG